AUGGACCAGGCCCUAGAAUUCAAAAGAGACCUCCUGCGUACCCACAACCAGCGGCGAAAAGAACACAGCGCGAGAAGACUGAGAAAGUCAAGAUCACUCUCGGAAGCGGCUCAACGAUGGGCCGAUAAACUUCUUCUCGAGGGAAAAUACGAACCGUCUAAUAUUCCGAAUGUCGGGGAAAACAUAGAGUACAAAUUUAUCCGAGAUGUGAAGAAGAACCUCCCUCGAGGAAGCGAGAUAAGUGAGCUCUGGUACAGUGGAGUAAAUAAGUUUGACUAUGACGCAGAGCAGUAUUGCACAGGUGCGGGUAAAUUCAGCCAAAUGGUCUGGAAAGGAACCAAAUACAUCGGCAUCGGCAUUGCCUGGAAUACGCUCGGCAAGGUCGUCAUUGUUGUAAAUUAUAAGCCAGCAGGGAAUGUUGCUGGCGCAUUUCAUCAAAACGUUUCUAAACCAAUUCUAAUCUCCGAAGCUGCAUUCUACAGUGAUGAUUCGGACACUGCAUCAGAGACUGAAGUCGAAGAAGAGGAGGAAUACGGGAAUCUGAUCAACACAAACGUCUCAGAAGACUUUGGUGCCGAAAAUGAUGGAACUCGUUUUAAGCGCGUAAUAACGACGAAGCAAUUUCUCAUCCCUGUACGAAACGGAGAAAUGACUCGAACAAUAAAGCGAACUAGAAUUACCUAUUUGACGAAGGCUAAUUUGGCUGACGAAUUUUUAUCACAACUCGAAACACUAAAUUAUGAACUUCCAAGUCUACCUUCAACGGAGUCCUCUCAAAAAGAUAUGGAAGAGGCAGACAUUAUUGUAAAGAAGCAGAAUGACUACCGAGCAGUAUUCGACGUUAAUCCUUUGAAAAGAUCUCCAGAACUUGAUCUUCUGGCUUCUUAUUGGGCAAGUCGUCUGAUGGAAAAUAAUCCAGGAGCGACUACACAUAUCAUCGGGAAUCCAGAAUGCCAACGACUCAAAGUAGGCGAGACAAUAGUGGCUGAGCAAUUGCUUUCCCAUAUGCCCAUCGAUGGGGAAAAAAUCGUCGACAAGUGGUUUCAAUCGAGAAUACAUUACAAUACCUCGAGUCACGAGUUCGUUCCGAGUGCUGGUGCAUUCACGCAAAUGCUCUGGCGAGAUACGAAUGAAAUUGGUGUAGCAAUCGCAAGGAACCAAAACGGAAAAGCGAUAAUUGUUUGUAAUUAUUAUCCUCCAGGCAAUAUAAGGAAUGAAUUUGAACAAAAUGUCCCUGUAGCUGUUCCGCCUGAGAAAAAUUGA